AUGCCGGUGGAGGCGCUCCAGGCCGGCCACCCUGCCCUGCAAGGCGCCGCGGCCUCCGCACCCUUCACCUCGGCCAUGCCCUUCCGAAUCCUGAACAAGGGCCCCGGCUACUUCCGCCGGCCGGCCACAGCCGCCAAGAAGCCCAGCGCGGUGGAGAGGCUGGAGGCGGACAAGGCCAAGUACGUCAAGAGCCUGCAGGUGGCCAGCACCAGGCAGGAGCCCGUGAGGCCGCAGUUCCUCAAGCAGCCGCUCUUCACGCCGGGGGUGCGGCGGGCGAUGCUCACCCCGAGCCGCAAGACCCCGCAGGGAGGGCGCCGGGCAGAGGCCUGCGGAGCCAAGUCUUCCCUGAACUUGGAGAUCCUCAACAACCUGAUCAACCUCUGCGACAGCCCCCUGGCGUUCCCCAAGCCCGAGAAGAGCCCCCUGGAGCAGAAAUGGACGUCCGAGGCCCACGGCAGGAGCCUCCCGGAGACCCCGCGGAAGCCGGGCCCCUCGGAGGGCAUGAGCAAGCUCUCGCAGAGCUCAGCCUCCUCGAAGCCCCCCAGCACCGUCGCCGUGCGCAGGGUGGACGUCCGGCCCUGUGGGGUGCUGCGGGCGAGAGCUGCCCCGGCGAUCCAGCUGACCCCGGCCUCCGUGUCUCCGGCGCACCCCAAGAUCCUGCCCGGCGGUCCCCUGAGCUCCCCCGGCCCCUGCGGGGAGCUGCGGACAGAGAGCGCCAAGCGGCAGACCGUGCUGCACCGAUCCAAAUCGGACCUGAGCGACCGGUACUCCCGGGCCACGGCCGACCUGGAGCGCUUCUUCAACUACUGCGGCCUGGACCCGGAGGACGUGCGGGACAUGGACGUGGAGCGGUUCACGCGGGCCAGCUCGGACAUUGUGUCCGUCAAGUUCCACAGCGUCAGCACGGCCAGCUCGGAGGGGACGCGCUCCCGGCGCAGCGCCAUCACCCUGGAGGAGAGGCAGGCGGAGCGCAUGCCCUACGGCAUCUCCAUCAUCGAGCGCAACGCACGGGUCAUCAAGUGGCUGUACGGAUUGCGGCAGGCGAGGGAGGCCCAGAAAGUCUCCAACGUCUAGCGGACGAGCGGAGAGGAAGCCCCCCUGUCUCCGUGUGGCCUGUUCUGGACUGUCGGGGGGAUCUUCCACUGCCAUUGCAUGGUUUUGUCUGAGCCCCUUUGGAAGUGUCUGGUCUGUGUGAGGUGGCAGGGUGGGGGGGGGUCAUCCCCCUCAGGCUGGCGUUGCUCCGAAUUCCCAUGAUCCUGUCCGUUCGAUUGGACAGAAUCUUCGCCUGCAGGGAACACUUGAGCCUCUUCUGAUAUAACUUUCGACACCAAGGCAAAGAUAAACAUGUUCCUUGGAUUUUCAUCCCCAUUUACCUUUUCCAAGACUUAGCCAACCUGGGGUUCUGCAGGUGUGUUGCGCCACAGCUCUCCCCAUGCUGGCAGGGGAUGCUGGGAGUUGUAGUCUGACACGUCUGGGGAUCAGCAGGUUGGGAACAGCUGAGGUAGAGUGAAGGAGAGCCAGUCCACUGGGGUUGUGUAGUCCAGGUGAGGAAGGAGCUCCAGAACAGGUGGGUGUUGCAGAGCUCCCGUAGAAGAGACGCCCCCUAGAAAUACAGGGCUUUUGGCUCAUGGGCGGCAGCAGCUUCCAAAUGCAGUGGAACAUUUAGCCAGGUGCUUUUGCUCCGGUGACUAGAACACCUGCUUGGAUGCCUUGCCCUGAGAACCUGCGUGCAAGGUGGAAGGUGUACGCUGUGGCCAAGACAACAGUGGGCUGGAAACAGCGGAAGGGUUGCAGCUGAGAGAACUGGAAAGCCCCCAGGCCUACCGGGGCAUGAGCAAGGAAUGCAGGCUGCUUUUGUGCACAUCCUGGAAAUACCUGCUUGGCCCGGAGCCCAGGAGGCAGCCGAGCGCCUGGGGUAGCAUCCUGCACACGGCAUUGAGGCAGAACUGGGCAGCCUGCCUGCCUGUGAACUGUCCAGAGCAGAGGGAAUUGGGGGCUGGCAUGCUGGGACACUCCUUCAGAGAGCAGACAGUGUUUUGCAAGCUUUUGCAAGUGUGUGCGUUCUUUAAGUCCUGGGGCCCAGACCAUCUUCUCUCCAUCCCCUUUAGGGAAGCGCAAGAGCCUGUGGUUCUGAGUCCGCUGUGGUGAGUCCUCUGAAAAAGUCCCAUUGUCUCUGACCCGAUCCUUUUGUUUCCAGAGAGCUCUUAACUCUGGGGUGGUUUGGGCAAGAAAAAAAAAAUGCCAGGCGGAACUUAGAUGUGACUUCGAUCACCCGUGUCUGUUAUCAAAAAACAAACAAACCCAUAUAUGGGAAGGCAAUUUAGAAGGCAGCAGCCAAUUAAAAUAGAACUCCUGCCGAAUCAUUUAGGAAAAUCAAAGUUCCUUUGGGGCUGCACUUUGCAUAACGGCUGAAACAGAAGACGAGUUUUCUCCCCCCCCCCGCCCCCGUGGCUCCCCAGGCAGUAAACAGAAGGCUGGGGAGUGUCGUGCAAGGAAUCUCGCCUCGGCUUUGCGCCUUUGUCACGGCUGUGCCGAGAGCUGUGCACCUGGCUGGCUGAGCCGUCUCCCGAUUUUAUUCCAGGACUGGAGCCCGUUUCCGAUUGCUCUUGCCUGUCCCAAACUGUUUUCUCUGUCCUUUCCCUCCCUGCUUUUGUUUGUUUAGGUUAGCCUUCCCCAAGCUGGCACCCUCCUGAUGUAUGGAACCACAAUGCCCAUCAUUCUCAGCCAGCAG